GUAGUGUGAAAUGUCCUAAUGUAAUUGUAAUAUUGAUAGAAAUGGCAAUUUAUGGUACUUAAUACACAAAUCCCUGUCAGUGCCAUGUGAUGUUCUAUGCCAGUAUAUUUACCAACUCUAAUACCUUUAUGCCUCAAAAAUGUAAUGAAAUAGGACACGUGUAUUUCGUACAAACAUAACCCAACAUUUGGGCAAUUGACGUCAGUGUUUCAGCUCAACUAGAUGUUAAGGUUGUAAAUAUGGAUACUGUGAAAUCGGGACCUGGUGGUGUUCUGUCAGAAAUUGUGGAUAAAGUGUCGUUCGCAAAUUUCCUACCACUUUUAACCAGAGCAACAGCAGAAAAUGAAGAGCCAACUGCAGGAUACAUGUUCAAAGAAAUUGAAAAAAUUACCUUUCAAGUUCCACCACAAUGUCAGCAGCUAGCAGAGUAUUUGAACAGAAGACUGGAGAAACCUUCAGCAUGUGUUAAACUGAAGGUUUUGAAAAUCAUGAUUUAUUUGAUCCAAAAUGGCCACCUAAGUUUUCGGAGUUAUUUAAGAAGAAACGAUGGUUAUAUAAAAUUGGCAGGAAUGUAUAAUGGCCCACCUGAUCCUCUUCUUGGGAUGAGUCCAUAUGAAAAUGUGAGAAAAACUGCUCAGGAACUCCUGGACAUGUUAUUCAAUCCUGACUUGGUUCAGCAAGAUGAUACAGGAGUAGUAGUGCAGACUGAAGAAAAAGGCAGGCUGCAGCUUGGAGGUUUGGGUUCAACAGGGAAUGCAAAAGGAAAGUAUGAGGGAUUUGGAAGCAGCCCUGUUGAUAGAGAAGAAACAAUUAAAGGAAAGAUGAUGGACAUGUUGGAGAAAUUUAUAUAUCCAACAGAUGAAACAGCUGAGAAGAUAAAAUCAGCCAUGACAAGUUCACCUGGUCAUUAUGAAGCUGUUCGUGUGAACCUUCUGAUGGAUUCAAAUGUUGACAUUCAGUCAGCACAAGCACAGACAGCAUCAGUCAUGAUAAAAGCUCAUGUGCCGGGCCAUGCAGGGGGAGGCUGGGAAUCUGAUGAAGAUAUUCCGAAGGAGUUGGUACCAGAGUUACAGAAAUCUUCAUCUACUAACAGUGGAAGCAUUGUGUCAGUGGAUUCACUUGAAAAGAUAGACUCCCCAGCAGUAGAAGUUGUGAAGGAAACUGUGAAUCAAUUCUGCAAUGUACAAGAGUGGCCAACAUCCCUCUCUCAACUAAAUGAUGCAUGUAAAACAUGUGCAACUCUGAAUUGUGGUGAUGUUCUACAAGCCAUUGGCAAUAUACUGCUCCAGUCUUCAGGGACAGUCUCUGACAUAUCACUGAUGCGAGCGUUGUUAAUGUUAGAAUGGUUUUUACGAACUGAUCUUAUUACUCCAGCUAUCUUUUCAAAGAUUAUCUCAGCGCCACUUAACUGUGUGUUAAAAUCACAAUCCAGUGGACAGGAUGUGAAGGUGAAGGCUCAGAAAAUCAGACUGAUAUUAGACAAACUGCAGCCAUGACAUAGUUGACAUUGAGGUAGAAAGGUUCAGUUGUGUUGUCUCAAAUGGUAGGAAACAAAGUUAUUAACUUGCAGUGGUUAUUUACAGUGAAAUCUCUAUUUGAUAUUCCUCAAUUUAAGGUUUUCCCCCAUUUAACAUUCAGUUUCAGGGAUCCCAGGUAAAUAACCUCAGUAUUAAAUUAACUUGUACUCUUCUCCAAGUAUAAUUAGAAUGAUCAAGUCAAGGAGGAUGAGGUAGGCAGGGCAUGUACCAUG